CAGUGUCACUUCCCCAAGUGACGAGGGCACAGCCAGAACUGCCCUUAGAGCCCGGCGUGGGCACAGCUGCCACCUCCUGCCACCACCUCCUCUGGACACAUGCCUGGGGCUGGCCAGGGCAGUGCAGGCUGCUGCAGCAUGUGAGAGCUGGAGCCAGCGCGCACCGGGGGCGAGGGAGCAAAGGGAACCUUGCUGGAAGCUUUUCUGGAGGAAGAUGGAGAACCCACUUCUUUUAUUCCCCCAACUCAACAUUUCUGCUUCAAAGGAUAAACCCUAUUGCAAACUCAUGAAAUCAGCGAUUAAGGAAGAGCCACAAAAGGCGAGCAAGCCUGGAGCCAAGCAGAAGAGAAAUAGGCUGAGCCUGCUCCUGCAAAAACCUGAAUUCCAUGAAGGUGAUCACCUUGGCAAACCUGGAAACUUGACAAAAGCAGCAAGCAGUGUGUCUCCUGAAGAAGCAGUGAAAUGGGGAGAGUCUUUUGACAAACUGCUUUCUGAGAAAGCUGGGCUGGAUGCCUUCAAAAAGUUUCUGAAAACUGAGUUCAGUGAAGAGAAUAUUGAGUUCUGGAUAGCCUGCGAGGAUUACAAGAAAAGUAAAAGUGCACAUGAACUUCUGCCAAAAGCCAAGACCAUUUUUGAAACAUUCAUACAGAAAGAUGCUCCCAAAGAGGUGAAUCUGGACUUUCAUACCAGGGAAGUCACAAGCCAGAGCAUGGGGCAGCCCCUGCGCAGCACCUUCGACGCGGCGCAGAGCACGGUGUACCGGCUGAUGGAGCAGGACAGCUACCCCCGCUUCCUGAGAUCCGCGCCCUACCGGAGCCUGCUGCAGGGCCGGCCCGCGGCCCGGGCCCCGCUCCGCCGGCGCUCCCGCUCCUUCACCGUCAGCGACUUCCAGGGAGCGCGGCCGGGCCUCACCGCGUGGUGACAAGGGAGCUCAGCCCCCCUCAGCCCUGUGUCACCGCGUGGUGACAAGGGAGCUCAGCCCCCCUCAGCCCUGUGUCACCGCGUGGUGACAAGGGAGCUCAGUCCCCCUCAGCCCUGUGUCACCGUGUGGUGACAAGGGAGCUCAGCCCCCCUCAGCCCCUGUGUCACCGCGUGGUGACAAGGGAGCUCAGCCCCCCUCAGCCCUGUGUCACCGCGUGGUGACAAGGGAGCUCAGCCCCCCUCAGCCCCUGUGUCACCGUGUGCUCAGCCCCCCUCAGCCCCUGUGUCACCGUGCGCUGACAAGGGAGCUCAGCCCCCCUCAGCCCCUGUGUCACCGUGCGCUGACAAAGGAGCUCAGCCCCCCUCAGCCCCUGUGUCACCGUGCGCUGACAAGGGAGCUCAGCACUCCUCAUUCCCAGCUCCCGCAGCAACCCGGGUGUGUUUCAAACCCCAUACCCUCAGAAGGUGUAACUAAGUGGUGAAGCAAAAGAAAAUUCACUUAAACCAGGUCAGAGUUCAGGAGAAGAAUCUCAUUUUCAUAGAAAAGUAGGUGACAUAUUGGCAAGUCACAGCAUGCACAGUUUUCAUAUAGGAUUUUUUUCUUUUUUUUUUUUUUUUUUUUAUAAACUCAGGCAAAAGCUGUGAUCAGAUUUGGGAUCUACUUAAAAAUGUCUCAUACAGUGCCAUUUGAUAUUACCCAACACAUAUCCUGGGCCUGUAUAAUUUAUGCCAGAGGUUCCAUCACAGUUAGAAUCUCUGUAUCCAGUCUUUGCAUGCAUUUAUAUUUUUGCAAUAUUUCCUACUCUAAGCACAGAGAGUUUGUGGUAUUUUCUCAUACUGUAAAACACACAGGAACAUUAUUAGGUAUAAUGCAAAGUUACAUGAAUUUUAACUAAAGACACUGCAUAAUUAAAGCUAUAAUUAAAAUGCAGCCAUUGACUAUUUUAAGAGGAAUGUAAAAAUACCUAUUUAAUUUUUGGGAGUACAUUUUUCUUAUUCCACAUGUCUGUUGUCUAUUUCUAAGUUAUGAUGUAUAUAUUAGCUUUGGCAUCAAAUACAUGUAUUCUAAUUUUUUGCAACUAAAUGAGCAGCAGCAAAGAGACAAGAAUGCUAUUUUAACACAAUGUGUAUCCUUAAAUACCAGCUGAUGUCUAUUUAUAUAAAUAUAAAAUAUUUCUACUUUUAUUUAUAAAUAGUCAUAGUAUACCAGCUUUGUUACUAAACUUUGUUCCAAUUUUUUUUCUGCCUUUUGUUUUAAAAAUGUAUCUGAAAAUUAACAGCUCUUGGACUCAGGCUAAGCAACUUUCAUUUUCACUGGUCAUUAAUAUCCUCUCUAUAUGUUAUAGAAGAGGAAGGAGAAAUCUUUUUUAUUUCUUUACUAUCAAAGACAGACAUAUUCUUUUACAGUCAGCACACACAGUCAUUCUGUUCUUUUCUUUCACAGUUGAUGCAGACAUACCUUGAAGCUUGGGGCAGUUCUUAAAAUCUUAAACAGUGGUUCAGUUUAGGAAGGGGCUGCAGGAUUAAUCUGUAACUAUGAUUUGUAUAUUAUGUCGUUUCUUGUGGAAUUUAAGCUUUCUCCCUUUCCCUCGACUUUCUGUAAGUGGUGAAGGAAGAGGUGCAGUUCCUGAGGAUGGGACUUUGUGUUCAUUGUUAAUUUGGGGUGUAUAUGAACUGCUGGAUCUGCACGUUUCCCUGUCUGCUUUAUUAACUUUCAAUAAAUCUGAUCUGCUUAAA